AUGUCACGUGCCAGCGCUUGCAGGACAGGCGCAGCAGGUGAUGACUUCGUGAUCAUCUUGCGCCACUUGGUCGACCCCGCAAGUUUGCCGCAGCAGCGCUUUGUGGAGAACCGCUUGGCCAGAGCUGACAGAAGAGGUGGAAAUGGUGUCGAGUCAAAGUACUACCAAGGAGAGACGUUUGGCCAGCUUUACAACGCCAGCCUGCAGCGAAUAUUGAAGUGUAUGCAGGAUUUUCUUCAAGAUGCUGUGGUGCUUGUGGCUCUUGGCGCAAUGAAGUCAUUCCUCGUCCUGUUCACUGUCCUGCACUUCUUCUUCAGCUGCCUGUUCUGCUUUCGGGGCGCUCACAAGAUCGGCCUGUUAACUCGACGGCACUGGGCGCUUUCCAACCUUGUCUACCAGCUCCGAACGCUUUGGAAAGAAAGGAAGGUGCAGAGGCAGAUCGCAUCCGACUUCCUUCGAAGGCACCAUACAUCACAGCUGCUAAGCAUCCGUGUGCAGAGACACAUCGACUGGCUUCAGCUGCACCAGUUCAGACCCAGGGAUCCAGAAAAGGCCCGGCGAAAUGCAAUGACGUUGGUGACCGAGAUCAUGGAGGAGAUGUCAGCACCUCCGUUGAUUGAACAUCCAUUCUUUCGGAGUUUUCGACACAAGCACCCAAAGCUUCUCAAUCAGCUCUGCUGUGAGGCGCUGGUUCCAGUGUUCCACUGUUCUCCAGAAGUUGUUUUCACUGUUGGAGAAUCUUGCUCCAUGAUGUACGUCAUCAUUAACGGCCAAGCGCAGUAUGCCGCGCAGCUGCCACCGCCCAGGGACUCACCGGCAGGAACCCCUGGAACGCAGGUCCGGAAGACGCUGCAGAGCGGAAACUCCAGAAAAACUCAUCCGGUGCCCACUCAUGACAGGUACAUCGGGGUGAGCUUCGAACGCUCUGUGACUGCCGGCUCCCUCGGCUUGAACCGGAGCAUUCAGUCCGACAUCACAGAGGCAAGGGCCAUCUUUGCGGGGAACUGCUCCGACGCUGUUAUUGAAGUUGAGGAUGAGAAGGCAUGCACCGCGAAAGCAAAGCAAUUGCUGCACCCAUCAUAUCAUGUGGAUACAGAAGUGGAGCAGAAACGUCACUCCAGAUUGUUGCAGCAGGUCAUCGGCAUCGACCUGGGGACUGCUGACUCAUAUGUCGCAUACAUCCGAGGGGGUGCUAUCGAAGUGGUUCAAAAUGAGGUCUCUCAGAGGAAGACGCCAAGUUUGGUUGGGUUCACCGACAGGGAGCGCCUUUUGGGAGACACAGCGCUAUCGCAGAUCAAGUCAAAUGCCAAGAACACAUGUCGAAACUUCAAGCACCUUCUUGGUCAGAGGUUCGACUCCCCCGCGGUGGAAGCAGAAAAGUUUUGGUCGACUUGUCCGUUAGUGCAGACUGAGGAUGGCUUCACUGGCUACUCAGUCAACUACAAAGGUGAGACGACGCAUUUCUCAGCCACAGAGGUUACGGCCAUGUUCCUAACCAAGUUGAAGCAGGUAACUGAGGCAUGGUGUGGUGCGAAGGUGGCUGAUGCAGUCAUCGCGGUUCCGUCGCACUUCUCUGACUUUCAACGUCAGGCGUUGUUGGAUGCUGCAGCAAUUGCUGACCUCCAUGUGCUGAGAGUUGUCAACGAGCACACAGCGACAGCUUUAGAGUACGGCUUUUUCAGGAACAGCAACUUUGAUACUGAGAAGCCAUCGACGGUGGCUUUCUGCCAGAUGGGUCAUUCCAAUUUCUCAGUGGCAAUUGUUCAGUUCCUCAAGGGUGAGUUGACGGUGCUAUGUGAGAAGUCGGACAAGGUGGGAGGCCGGGACAUGGUGGAGUGUCUCAUCAGAACCUUCGCCGAACAGUUUAACAAGAAGACAGGCUGCGACGUCUUGACCAACAAGAAAGCAUGCUUCAAGCUGGAGGAUGCUGUGGCCAAAACGAAGAAGAUUCUGUCCGCGAACACGGAGGCUGGAGUGUCUUGUGAGUGCCUCAUGGAGGAUCACGACUUUAGUGGAAAUGUUGACCGGGAGACGUUCUUGGAGAUGUGCAAGCCGAUGAUGAAGAAGGUAAGUGACGUAUUGGAGGCGGCCAAGGCUUCGCUGAACCUGUCAGUGGGUGCAAUCGAUUCAGUUGAGAUUUGCGGUGGAGCUGCACGUGUACCCUGGGUGAAGGAGAUGUGCUCCAAAGCUUUUGGUGGCAAAGAGUUGUCAACUACCAUGAAUGCAGACGAAUGCGUCGCUCGAGGAUGUGCCCUCCAAGCUGCUAUCCUGUCACCGCUGUACAAAGUACAGGACUUCAAGGUGGAGGAUAGCUGCAAAUUCCCCAUCAGCAUUGGGUGGCAGAUGCCCGCCAACAGCGAUGGAAGCAACGGCAACACCAAGGAUGUGACCUCAGUGGUUUUCUCGACUGACUCCGUCCUCAAUCUGCUCAAGGUCAUUACCUUCAAGCGGAAGGGCCCAUUCGAUCUUACCGUUUCUUAUGCCGCCGAAAAGCUGCCUUCUGGCACCCCAAAGGACCUGGGUAUCUAUACGAUUGAGGUGCCCCUGCAAGACGUCCCAAAGAAAGUGAAGGUGAAAACUGUGUUGACCCUCCAUGGUACGUUUUGCGUCCAGAGUGCGCAUCUUGUAGAGGAGGAGGAGGACGCCCCCAUGCCUGAUGCCGCUGAUCAAGAGGCCUCGAGGAAAAGGAAAAUCAAGAGAACAGACCUGUCCAUCAAAAAGAAAGGUUGUCCAGGACUGAGUGAGACACUGCUCAAGGUAAGCAAAGAGAAGGAAGAGAGGAUGAUCCAAGACAUGCAGGAGGUGAUCGAGACAAACGCCAGGAAGAACGACUUGGAAGCGUACAUCUUGACGAUGCGCAGCAGCAUUGCAGACGGCGGAAAGUUGAAGGGUUACAUCAAGGAAGAGGAUAGCUUGAUGCUGUCAAAACAACUGGAAAGUGCAGAGGACUGGCUGUACGAUCACCCGGACGACCCAAAAGAAGCAUUUGUAAAGAAACUUGAGGAACUGAAAGUGCUGGGUGGGCCAGCGGAAGCCCGUCAUCGCGAUGAUGUCCGCAGACCAGAGCUUAUUCACAGCUUAGAAGAAUCGAUCACUCGGUUCAAGGCCGCAUCCGCAUCCCAGAAGCCCACGCGCAGCAUCACUGACAAUGCCAAGUUGCAAGGGCUAGAGAAGACCUGCGAAGAGGUUCAGCAGUGGUUGGCCGAAUUGAAAGAGAAGCAAUCAAAGCUGUCAAAGUUGGAUGAUUCUGUGUUGACAGUGGACAGCCUCAAGGCAAAGACUGAUGAAUUGGUCAAGUUGGCAGAUUCAAUCCUAGGGCAAGGCGAAUCCACUACGCCGGCAGCAAACGGCAAAUCUGCGCUUGAUGUUGACUGA